AUGGCAUUAAGAAGCGCUGUCUACCGGCUCCUUGUGAACCCACACAGAUGUGCCCUGAUCUCAGCAUCCAGAUCACAGGGAACUGCAGCACCUGCCAGAUAUGCGAAGCUGGUGUUUGACUGGCGUGACGCCCUGGACCUGGAGGGUCAGCUGACGGAGGAGGAGAUCAUGAUCAGGGAUUCCUUCCGGACCUACUGCCAGGAGAAGCUGAUGCCCCGCGUCCUGAUGGCAAACAGAAACGAAGUGUUCCACAGAGAGAUUGUGUCGGAGAUGGGAGAGAUGGGGGUCCUGGGCCCAACUAUCAAAGGCUUCGGCUGCGCCGGGACAAGCUACGUGGCUUACGGUUUGAUUGCCAGAGAAGUGGAGAGAGUGGACAGCGGGUACCGCUCGGUCAUGUCGGUGCAGUCCUCGCUGGUCAUGCAUCCCAUCAAUGCCUACGGCACCGAGGAGCAGAAGCAGAAGUACCUCCCAAAGCUGGCUCGCGGCGAGAUCCUGGGCUGCUUCGGCCUGACCGAGCCCAACCACGGCAGCGAUCCCAGCAGCAUGGAAACCCGAGCCCGAUACAACCCGUCCAGUCGCACCUACUCCAUCACCGGCUCUAAAACAUGGAUCACCAACUCCCCGGUGGCGGACAUCGCCGUGGUCUGGGCUAAAUGCGACGACGGGAAGGUCCGUGGCUUCAUCUUGGAGCGCGGCAUGAAGGGCUUCUCCACGCCCAAGAUCGAGGGGAAGUUCUCCCUGAGGGCGUCGGCCACCGGAAUGAUCCUCAUGGAUGAGGUGGAGGUCCCAGAGGAGAACCUGCUGCCUAAAGUCUCCGGCCUGGCGGGUCCCUUUGGCUGCUUGAACAACGCCCGAUAUGGUAUCGCCUGGGGGGCUUUGGGCGCCGCCGAGUUCUGCUUCCACGCGGCCCGCCAGUACACACUGGACAGAAUUCAGUUCGGCGUGCCUCUGGCGAGGAAUCAGCUGAUGCAGAAGAAGAUGGCCGACAUGCUGACCGAGAUCAGCAUCGGGCUGCAGUCCUGCCUGCAGCUGGGCAGACUCAUCGACGAGAAAAAAGCGGCCCCGGAGAUGAUCUCCCUGCUGAAGAGGAACAGCUGCGGUAAAGCUCUGGACAUCGCCCGGCAGGCCAGAGACAUGCUGGGGGGCAACGGCAUCUCCGACGAGUACCACAUCAUUCGCCACGUCAUGAACCUGGAGGCGGUCAACACGUACGAAGGCACCCACGAUAUCCACGCUCUGAUCCUGGGCAGAGCCAUCACAGGCCUGCAGUCCUUCACCGUGGGGAAAUAA